AUGUCGCCAGCCAUUUUCCUCUGCAUCUCCUUGUUGUCCCUCUCCAUCUUCCCUUCCACUCCCCAAGCCACCGUCCCUCCCUCCGCCCGAUUCUCCUUCACCAACGAAGGCGAUUUCGGCGACUACAUCGUCGAAUACAACGCGAACUACCGCGUUCUGUCCAUCGCCACCACCCCAUUCCAGCUCUGCUUCUACAACACCACUCCAGGGCAGUACACCUUGGCCCUGCGCAUGGGAACCGUGAGGUCGGAAGCCUUGAUGCGGUGGGUUUGGGAGGCCAAUCGUGGCAACCCAGUUGGCGAAAAUGCCACUUUCUCCCUCGGCGCGAAUGGAAACCUCGUCCUGGCACAUUCCGACGGUCGAAUCGCUUGGCAAUCCAACACUGCCGACAAGGGCGUGGUUGGGUUCGAGCUGCUCAACAAUGGGAACAUGGUGCUCAAGGAUUCCAAAGGCGGAUUCGUCUGGCAGAGCUUCGAUUCACCCACCGCCACCUUCUUGGUCGGCCAGUCGCUCCGAAUCGGAUCCCCGUCGAAGCUAAUCAGCCGAGCAUCGCCUGAAGAGAACAAGAACGGGGAUUACAGUUUGGUUCUGGAACCCAGAGACCUAGCUAUGUAUUUCACUGGGGCAAAAAGUCGAACACCUUAUCGGUACUUUUCAUUCCUCGCAGCAAACCGCCUCUUCCUCCCAAACAACACCACUUUAAUCAACACCACCUUCAACGCGAACCUGGGUUUCGACACACAAGUCACCAACGACGGCGCCGGAGGCGGAGGGACGUUCCUGAAAAACCCACGGUUCAACACCACUCUGUCGUACCUUCGCCUCGAAAUCGACGGCAACCUCAGGGUCCACACGUUCAUAAUCAGCACCGAUUCCGACGGGUUCCAGACCCAGCUGUGGGAAAUCGCGGUGACCAUAUUCUCCGAAGACGAUCUGUGGGCUCUGGAGACGAAAUGCCAGCUGCCGGGUCGGUGCGGCGAGUUCGGAGUCUGCGAGGACAGCCAGUGCGUCGGGUGCCCGACUCCGAACGGGCUGGCGGGUUGGAGCAGAGAUUGCAUGGCGCCGAAGUUGAACGACUGCGGCGGGAAGAAGAAGGGCGACUUUAAGUACUUCGAGCUGAAAGGGGUUGAUCACUUUGUGGCCAAGUAUACGAGAGGUGAUGCGCCGGUGAAGCAGGAAUCCUGCGCCGACAAGUGUAGCAAAGAUUGCAAGUGCUUGGGAUACUUUUACCACAGUGAUGCGUCGAGGUGCUGGAUUGCUUACGAGCUGAAGACGAUGACGAGGGUCGCGAAUUCGACCCAUUUGGCUUUUAUUAAGACGCCGCUUCUGUAG